AUGGCGACGACGGUGAAGAUGGCCAAGGUGGUGUUGCUACUCGUCUUCUCGGUGCAAGUUAUGAGCGUCCUCGCCGCUGCGGCGAGGCCCCUGGAGGGGGACGCCGGCACCGGCACCGGCAGAUGGCUGGAGAGCGCCGUCGGGAUGUUCACGCAGUUGUUGCUUGGCGCUAAAUCGUCGGGGUCCAACUCGGGCACGCACUGCUGCUGA